AACAGGUGUAGGGUCUUUUAAAGAUAGUGUCAGGAAGUGCCUUUUAAUACCAGGAAGUUGUAAACAAAGCUGACAGCUAUUUAGUUAGCUGUUAACCGCACACAUAUAGAUGCUCUGUAAAACGGGCUAGUUAUUAAUCGAUGUCGUGUAUUUUACAUUAAUAUAGCCCGCCAGGUUUCAUGUAGACAUUACAUCGCGGAUUAUCGGAGUGUCUGUUCCACGAGCUAACCUUAACUACCUUCCGUUUUACCGCUAGGAGAAAGCUAACGUUUGCACAAGGACGUUAGAGCUGUUGCUUGUAAAGUUAACUUAAAUCCAUAGUAAUUUAACCGAACUGAACGGAUAGAGCGCAACAUAAAUAUCUGUUUAUUGUUUUGAGGUUCAUUUCCUGCCUGUGGGCAGAAAAACCGAGAGAGUUCGUCCAUUUGAGCUACACCGACAUGUCUACAUCCAACGCCAAUUUUAAGAACAAGUGCGUUACCCAGGUGAACUGCAUCUUUUGCGAGAGUCUGCUAUGCACGAGAGGCAUGAAAGCAGUGCUGCUUGCAGACACCGAAGUUGAGCUGUUUUCGACUGAUAUACCUCCAAAUAGAACUGUUGACUUUGUGGCCAGCUGCUACUCUACUGAAAGCUGCAAAUGCAAACUGAGAGACAUCGCAUGUUUGAAGUGCGGCAAUGUUGUGGGUUAUCACGUGGUAGCCCCCUGUAAACCCUGCUUGCUCUCCUGUAACAACGGCCAUUUCUGGAUGUUCAAUAGUGACGCUGUAUCUACUCUCAAUAGACUUGAUGCGACAGGUCUGAAUCUGCUCCUCUGGGGAGAUCUUCCUGAACUGGAUGACAGCGAUAAUGAAGAAUCAGAAAGCCCAUCAGAGGAGGAGUGUAUUAGGUAGAGAGGGAAACGGACAGUGUAAGAGCACCUGGAGGCUGAUUUUCAAGUGGUGGAGCUAAAAAAAAAGUAUACAAACCAUGGUGGGAUGUGACAGAAAAGAGAAGCAUUGAAGAGUAAUUUAGCACUGCAACUCAUAAGACAGAUAAGCUUUGUUUUACUCCUUUGGGUGGGCUGAAACGUGGCUAGAGGAAACUGCACGUCUGGCUAUACCCCAACAGUGACAUCACAGCAGGUGUUUUACCUUUAACAAAUGAUGCACAACACCUGCUGUGACAUCGGUGAUGGGGUGUGGCCAUGAACCAGAUAUGCCCCAAAGUUUUUGUUUUGCAGUCAAGUGUUGAAUUACCCUUUAAUUUGUGGUCAAGCCUUUGCCCCCUUACUGCUCACUGUUAAAGCACAGACACACACACAUUCACAAAUACUUUUUUCACUCCUUUUCGCUCUUCUGUGAAUUUCCAUGGACUAAUAUACAACAUGUAGCUUGAACUAACUGAGAAUGACAACUAGGUUGUUUAAUCUAGUGCAGUUUGCUUUCCUGAGCUUAUAUUUUUGAUCAGCCUCAUGACAACUGAGGGUGUAAUAUGAUGAGUCAGUGGAACUGACUUGUGAAAGCUAUGCUUGUUUAUGUUAAAUCAGAUUUUUUUUCUUUGAGGAGAUGAACACAGUAUGCCAUCUUUUGUUAAUGGCAGUUACUGUAUAAUCUAUACAUAGAAAAUAAGAAAAACUCCUGUCAUCUAUUAUGUCUUAAAGGCUUAUAAUCUCGCUGUGUGGCUGGGUGAUGAAUGAAACCUUGAGUGCAUUUUAAAUCUCAUUAGAGAAAUGGCACAAUUAUUGAAUGACGUACAAGAACCUCGCUUUUUAAAAAGCAUAUUUAAGGUACCUUACAAUUUUGGCAUUCUAUCAGUGCUAAAUGUUGAUGCUAAUACACUGUUUGUUACACUUCUAAUUGCAGCAUUACUCCCACCAGAAUCAGACCAUAGCAGUUUCUCAUACUAACAUACUAAUAUAGGAAAGGGAUUUUGCUUUUGCACAAGACUAAAAAAAACCUCUGAGUUGUAAGAGGAGUUAUCGUCCAGACGUGAUAACAUUUUUAUUUUUAUUUUUUAAGGGAAAAUACAAAAAUCCCCAGAGUGAUAUAGGAUAGCUAGAAUCGGAGCUAACAGAGGCCAACUUUUGUCACAACCUUUCAAUCUUUCCAUGAGGAUUAUUAAGAUAAAUAAUGAAAACAUGGCCUUAAAUAGAUGUCAUGGUCUAUGCGGUUUUUCUGUUGCACCACUGUUCUAUGUAGCAGCAUACCUGUAGCACAUGAGAAGAAAAAGAUAACCCCAAAGAAUUGUGGAACAUAUCAGUAUUUAGCUUAUAGGCUGACUUAAAAGGAUAGUUCUUGAAUUUGUCGUCACCUUAUAGAAUAACAUUUCAUACUUU